AAUUCUUACUUUACCACAGAUUGUACCUAUGUAUGGCAAUAAUCUAACUGAUCUGCAUGUACACAUUUAAUUUCACUGUGCCUUGGUACAUGUGAUAAUGGAGGAACCACUUUUGAACCAUUCCUUUAUAUCAGGAUGCUUGUAUUGAUAGCCAAACGUUGGGCUAUUGAGUGUGAAAUGAAACCUAAUUUUGGUCAAUUCUUGGUGUUGCAGGUGAUUGAUGGCACUCCGUGUGCUCCAGAGACCACAUCGAUAUGUGUCCACGGCCAGUGUGUGAAAGCUGGCUGUGAUCACGUUAUAGGAUCCAGCAAGAAAUUUGACAAGUGUGCUGUGUGUGGCGGCAACAGCUCAACAUGCAGGAAAAUACUUGGCUCCCUGAACAAGUUCAAGUAUGGCUACAAUGACAUUGUUACCAUUCCUGCUGGAGCAACCAAUAUUGACAUAAAGCAACGGAGUCACAAAGGAAUUAAACAUGAUGGCAAUUACCUGGCUGUGAAGUUGCUGGAUGAUACGUACAUCCUGAACGGAGAUUACUCUGUCAUCACAAUGGAGCAAGAUAUUCCAAUUGGCGGGGCCAUACUCAAGUACAGCGGCUCUUCCACCACUCUGGAAAGAAUUCAGAGCUUCAAAAAGCUGCAGGAGCCGCUAUCAAUCCAGUUGCUUUCCAUCGCGACAGAUACACUGCCACCCAGGGUGAAGUACAGUUUCUUCAUCCCCACUAAUGUCUUGUUCAGCAAGCAGAAAGCCAAGUCCACCAAGAAAUCCCUCAAUGCCGUCAAGCAAGCCAGCAUCUCGCAGUACACUCCCGGAGAAUGGUCAGAAUGUUCUCGCAGCUGCGGAUCUGGUUGGCAGAGGAGAAACGUGGAGUGCAAGGACAAUGAUGGCAACAUGUCCCUGGACUGUGACAGGGAGUUGAGGCCGGAAGACAUCAGACCCUGUGCUGACAUGCCAUGCCCACUCUGGCAACUUGGCCCUUGGUCCCCAUGCUCAAGAACUUGCGGCAAGGGAGAACGAAAGCGCGGCGUGCUGUGCGUCGAAUACACCGGCAACACCGCGGAGGAGGAUAAAUGUGACCCUUACAAACAGCUCCAGCCCAUAACCGAAGAGUGCUUCCAGCAGGAAUGUUAAACUUGGCUACUUUUAUCUGUGGAAAGUGACGUAACUGAUAGCCGGUUGUUAACUGGACACGAGCUUGUUUAGUUUCAGAUUGUGUAACCAUAGAUAAAAGGAUAAAAUGCACUAACUGACCAAAUAGGUCAACAAAGUAGAGUCAUUUGAUAUAUUACGACAGUAAAUACCACUGUUUAUCUUUGUUAUUUUGCCAGAGAGCUGUCUACCUCAGUUGAUGCUAAGAAUGUUGCCUCUCAGAUGUCGGGCUAACAUACUGUAAUUAUUGUCUCUUCCUGUGCUGCUACUCCAGAUUUAACUCUCGACAAGUUGGCCAUUGAUAUGCCGACAAACCUGUAAUCAUAGUAACUAUAAUUUAAUAAUUAAGGUACAGUCUGUAAUAGUUUAAUAUACAUCCCACACAAGUGUGUACAUUUUAUAGAAGAUUUUAAAACUAAAUUCAGAUGUAGCAUUCCAAUAUUGUACAUAGAGUACCUGAAGUUUCUUACCUUCAAUGAAGGAGUGUAGGUAUUUUUAAGCUUCCUUUCAAAGCUAUUUAUUUUUAUACAAUUUAUAUUUUCAAAUUGUGUUUUCUAGAUGCUGCUGUUACAACUCCAGACUUGUUUUCCUCUUUAUAUAGAUGCUUACUUUGUACAAUUGGCUCCUGUGUGACAAAUAGCAAGACUCCAGACAAACUGAGAGCACAUUAAAAUCUGCUUUAUUUUAUAAAAAUUAUCAAAUCUUUUGUUAUGAACUUUGCCACUUUAUUACUGCGGAAUUUGCUUUGUCUACAGCCCUGUUUUAAUCUUGCACAAUAAAUGGAUUUUAAGUUUUACUCUA